UACAAGUGCAGUGUCCUCUGUUUCCGAACAUUUGCCUUCCAAUCUUGCGCUUGACACUUCACUUCUAUCUCUUCUGAGCUCUUCGAGAGAUAUGAGCGACAACAAUCAGAGCGAGGUCAGCGUCACCAUCGUCGCUCUAGUCAUCUCUGUUGUCGCGCUCGCCGUCACCGCAAACCAACUCCUAGCCCAACUCUUCAGCUCAGCAGAUGGUUACCGGCGUUGCGCUGAGUCUGUCAUUGGCCCCUGGCACGUCUUACGCAAGCGCAACCGGGAUUGUAAUCAAACACGCAUCAAGAUUUACAUAAUCUAUCGCCAUUAUACCUGGGACCUCAUGCCGCCGGAUAUAAUUCGACCACUGGCUCAGGUCAGUGCCAGUGACAUUGUAGUCUUGGCUAUUAGCAUGGGCAUGCAGUGGCGCUCGCUCGAUGCUGGCUUCUGCAAGAUACAGGCAGAUGGCAAUGGGUACAACAUCACACGUAUGGGACAACGAGUAAAGGUUUACAGCAACGAGCAAUCGAUUCAUAGCAACGAGCAGUCGACUUCGUCAAUUUCCCGGGUUGAUUCCCAAUCAAGGGAUACUCUUGCUACAGACUUUGCAUUGGUCGACAACAACCGCUGCGUUCAAGAUAUCGCUGACCCUCGUGGUGUUCUUACCAGCAUUGGCUGCUCGGAGAACAUGCGCAAUAACAUCAAGAAACAUCGAAAUACUGAAGUUCGCAUCGAUGUCAUCACUCUCAUGCUCCCAUAUCUACCUGUGGAAGGCUCGGUUCUGACGAAAUAUCCGUCGCAGCGCACGCUUAUAUGGCUGAAAGCCAUCUACAAAGCUCAUAACAUCGACAAAGAUAUCCAUGGGCACUGGUUUGCUUUCAAAGUUUAUGAGAUUGAUUGCCAAUACGUCAACAACCUACACCAUGAGAAACAAGGGAUCAAGGCAUAUCUGGACGGCCACAAUGUCGAUCUCCCAAAAGACGUAGUUGAGGCUAGUUGGUGGGUACUACAGCUCCGAGCAAUAGCUUGGCACUCUCUACCUGGCCUGUAG